UUGCAGUUCACCUCAGAGAGUGUACGAGGAGUGCGUUCGGUAACUGCGAGUCUAAAUGGCGGAUGCGGAGAAGAAGCCGUAACUGGAACAAUAAAUUUUUAGUUCCGUGUCUACAAACGGUGUGAGGUGUUUCGACAUUAAUCCCCGAAUUCCCCUGAAAGAAGGUGUGUUCGUGCACAUGAAGCUCGACGUUAGUGACCAAUCUCCGUUUUUCCUGCUUUGAGGCGAGUUGAGGCUUGUAGCGUUCUUGCUAACAGCUAACGGCUAACGGGUGUUUCUGAAGCACUGUAAAGAAGCGGCCUCUUACUGUGUCUUCAUGGUGUUUUUAUGAAUAUGGGCGACUCUCUGGGUCUGAUCGGGAAAAGACUGCUUCUUCUCCUGAACGAUGGAGGGGCUUGUGCUGCUGCUCCAGCCGACCAAGGCGCUCUGCAGGCCGCCUGGAUCCGGGGGACCGUCCGGGCGGUCAGUGUUAUCGGGCUGGCGAGUCCGGGGGUGGAGGUGUUCUUGGAGUUUGAGGACAGCCCGUGGAGGCAGCGCUCCUGGGUGCAGCUGUACGGAGAAGAGGUCCGAGCAGCUCUGAUGGAAAACAUCAUUGUGUGGGCUCCCGCAAGCGACUCGUCCAUUUCCACAGUCGGAGGAACGGCUCCCAGCCACUGGCCUGCCCUGGUGUUUCAACCGCUUGUGGAUCGUGUCGGAAUAGGAUCCCUCGUUCCGGUUGAGUUCUUUGGAACGAGAAAGCUGGAAUUUCUCCCAAGUGGAAGUUCGCUUCAGAGAUUUGAGGCUGAGAAGGAUGUGAGGCAUCCACUCCUUCAGGAGCAGCCAGCACUUCAAGCUGCCAUCAGCACCUGGCAUCGCGACUCCGAGCUGCAGGAGAUCCUGAGAAAAGGAACGUACACGAUCCAGGGCCGAAGGGUGCAGGUGUACCAGCCGGAGUUUGAAGAACCGUGGGCGCAGGGACUAGUGUCUCAGCAUGAUCCUGUGAAGCACAUUAUGGAGAUUACCAUGGAUCAGAGAGAAGAGACCCAGGUAGUUGAUCCCCGAGUCAUUCAUGUAACGCUUACUGUGGAGUCAACAGAUGAGGAUCAGCAAAGAAAGGAAGCAGACAGCGCUAAGGGUGAGUGCGGGCGUAGACGUCGGACAGCUUCCGAAGGAGAUGAGGAUGUGACCCUGAAACGAUUCAAAGGAACAGGGGAGGUUGAGCCAAACGGGCAGACGGACAGUGGUUCAGUCACAGCAGACUGCGAAUCAACGGACCAUUCCAUCAGCAGGUCUACUGGAGUCAUUAAGGAGAAUGGCAACACCAAUUUGAGCCAAGAUAAAACGGCUUCUCUGGCAGCCACUGCAAUUCCUACAUCCAUCUUAGCUCCGCCUCCUUUGAAGCCUGCGCCAUCUGCCUUUUCUACCAUAUUUCCCUCUUUGGGUCAGAUGCCUAGUUUGGUGCCCGGAGCUCCUGCACCCAAGGUUGCUUCUACAGCCCUGGCACCCGAAAGGGACGAUGGAGUUCAUUCAGCCUUUCCCAGAUCUGCUCCUCUGAUAUCUCCAGGUCCUGUCACCAUCUCUUCACCUUCCCAGGACAACUCUCCCAGCGUGGUUCUUUCUGCAACCCCGGAUCUCAACCAGCAAGCACCUGUUUGGGGCUCGCUUCCAGAAGCAAGCCAGACUCCAAAGCCAACCACUCUUGCUGCUGUGGGAAUUAGUCCUUCUCAGCCCAAGAAGACCAGCGGGGCUGUGUUCGGUGAUGUUCCUGCACAGACUAAUGGAGCAUCCCAAGACAACAAGGAACCCUUUGGUUUUUACUUUGCUAAACCACAAGAACCUCAGCAGCAAGCAUCUAAUCCAUCACAGAACUUAUUUUUUCAGUGUAUGUCUCAGACACAGACUCCAAGUCCAGGUAUCGCACAAGGUCAGUCAAAGGACACUAACUACUUUACAGCCUUGGUGAAAAACGUCAACAAGGAGCCACCAACCCUUUUCAAGCCCGCUGCUGACUCCGAGGGCCUAAAAAAGGCCGUUGUUGCAUCUGCAUCUGCAGGACUGUUUGGUUCUGCACCAGCUAGUGCCCUGUCAUCUGUACAAGAGCAGCCCAAAGUGCCUGAUGUUAAGCCAACAGGUAAUGGAAUUCUAAUAAACAAAUCUUUUGGAGCAGGAGGAGACACACUGGGAAAAUUAACCCCCGGUUUCCCACCAGCUGUUGGCAGCAGCCCUGUUUUGGGUUCAGGGGACAUUUCUAAACCUGUUUUAGGGCUCGGGACCUCUCUUGGUCUGGGCUCCACUGCACUGAAUAGUCCUGGUGCUGGACUGAGAAAUACUACCAGUGCUAGCCCUGCUAGUGGAUUUGGUCUGCUUGCAGGCAGCAAGGUUUCAGAACCUCAUGAGAACCUGUUCCUGGCAGCCUCGAAAGAGGCUAAUCCAUUUCUUGCUUAUACUGGAGCAAUCUCGAAUAGUCCAUUUAGCAAGUUGACCACUCCAAACCUGGACUCGUCAGUGCCCCCUACACAGCCUGUAGGAGGCACCGGUAUUCUUAGCCAAGAUCCACCAGCUACUGAUGGCCAAUCAAAUUUAUUCACAAUGGAUGACCAUCCUAAAGGAAUUCUUUCUUCCCAGUUUGCGAGCUGUUCUUCUUCCUCUCCUCCUGCGUCUUUUAUGCCACAACACAAAGAAGAUCAGGAGCUCAAACAUAACAAAGAGGCUACCAAUGAUGGGACUGCAGCCUUUAACACCGAAAGCGUGUUAUCAGAGGAUCAGACGGCACCCAUGCUCUUUGACCAAGCGUCGCAGAAGUUCUCUCUGGAUGAUCGUGGCCAGUCAAGCAAACGGGACUCUGACUCCAGCACCAACAGCGACUUGUCUGACCUGAGUGAGGCUGAAGAUGCCAGCGAACAAACCCAAAACCCUGGCAUGCACUCGUCUCCGGAUGGGUCUGAUGUGCAGAAGGCUAAAGCCCAGGCUGCUAAGAACAGACCAAGGAGCAAACCAUUUAAGGUUGGUCAGUCCAUACUGAAGGACCAGAAUAAGGUGCGACGUCUGAAGCAGUCCGGUGAAGCGUUCCUGCAGGACGGCUCAUGCAUAAAUGUGGCUCCACACCUGCACAAGUGCAGAGAGUGUCGCCUUGAGCGCUACCGGAAAUCCCGUGAGCAGGAUUUGGAGGACGACGACCCCAACGUGGCCUGCCGCUUCUUUCACUUCCGUAGGCUAGCGUUCACGAAGAAAGGGGUGCUUCGUGUGGAAGGCUUCCUGACCCCGCAGCAGAGUGACAGCAUGGCCAUGGGCUUAUGGCUGCCAGCCGCAAAUGCACACGAGGGCCUUGACCUGGACACAUCCAAGUAUAUUCUGGCCAACGUGGGCGACCAAUUCUGCCAACUCGUCAUGUCCGAGAAAGAGGCCAUGAUGAUGGUGGAACCUCACCAAAAGGUGGCGUGGAAGCGGGCAGUUAGGGGUGUGAGAGAGAUGUGUGACGUGUGUGAGACGACGCUCUUCAACAUCCACUGGGUUUGUCGCAAAUGCGGUUUUGGCGUAUGCUUAGAUUGUUACCGGCUACGAAAGAACCAGCCACAUGAUGAUGUGGAGGAAAACUCAGACGAUGAAGUCUUCUCAUGGCUGAAGUGUGCAAAAGGACAGCCUCAUGAACCCCAGAACCUCAUGCCCACUCAGAUUAUUCCUGGCACAGCACUCUAUAAUAUAGGGGACAUGGUACAUGCAGCACGAGGCAAGUGGGGAAUUAAAGCCAACUGUCCCUGCACCAGCCGGCACAAUAAACCUGCGGCACGGCCUAACGUGCCCAACGGCCUUGCACAAUCCGGUACAGCUUCUAGCACAGGAAAUGGGGCUGCGUCUUCUUCAACUCCCCGUCCAGAUGGGGAUCCUGUGACUGGUGCAAUAGUGAAAAUAGAAUCUGGUGCAGAGGGAAACGGUGCUGACAUAUCUGGCAGCAGCAGUGCGAACACCAGCACAACAGGGCCUGCCAUUGCCCUUACCCCUGGUUCUAAAGAUGCCAAGGGUAACACCUCUGCUCUACACUGGCUGGCUGACCUAGCCACACAGAAGGCAAAAGACGAUUCUAAAGACUCCAGCUCCCUACGGGCCAUGAUGCGUCGUGACGCUCGUGCUCCCUUCGGUCUAGAUGCAUUCAGCAGUCUAUCCAAACCAGCAGGCCCACCUCCCAAGCUCUUCAACAGCUUGCUGCUGGGCUCUGGGCCGACCCACCCUAAAGCCGAGGGCACCAGCCUGCGGGACCUGCUCAACUCCGGCCCAGGCAAACUGCCCCAGGCACCUGAUGGUGGAGUCCCCUUUCCUUCAGUAUUCACCUCUUCAGCAGGGGCUGAUAAAGCAAAGGGAGGUCUACCUACCAUCCUGGACCACAUCAUCGCCUCUGUGGUGGAGAACAAGAAAGCAGAGAGUCGGCGUGUCUCUGGGCCGAUGGAGGGCACCGAGUCAUGCAGUGUUACACGCAGAGACGGAGUGAUGGGCCUGAGCGUGCUUGAACCCCACACCUCCCACACGUGGCUAUGUGAUGGCCGGCUCCUCUGCCUUCAGGACCCCAGCAACGGCAACAACUGGAAGAUUUUCCGUGAGUGCUGGAAACAGGGACAGCCGGUGCUGGUCUCAGGUAUCCACAAGAAGCUGAAGACAGGUUUGUGGUUGCCGAAUGCUUUCAGUGAAGAGUUUGGGGACCAGGAUGUAGACCUGGUCAACUGCAGGAACUGCGCGAUCAUCUCCGACGUCAAGGUCCGUGACUUCUGGGACGGCUUCCAGGUCAUCUCCAAACGGUUGCAAGGUGCUGAUGGGCAGGCAAUGGUACUGAAACUCAAAGACUGGCCACCCGGAGAAGAUUUCCGAGACAUGAUGCCCACACGGUUUGAUGACCUUAUGGAUAACCUUCCUCUACCCGAGUAUACAAAGAGAGAUGGACGACUAAACCUGGCAUCCCGUCUUCCUAACUUCUUUGUGCGGCCGGAUCUAGGCCCCAAGAUGUACAACGCCUAUGGUUUGAUAUCAACAGAAGACAGGAAGGUUGGCACCACAAACUUGCAUCUGGACGUGUCCGAUGCUGUUAAUGUGAUGGUGUAUGUGGGAAUACCCCAGGGAGACAACGAUCAAGAAAACAAAGCAGACCCUGCUGGAUACAAAGAGGUGUCGACUACCAUCGAGGAGGGGGAUGUGGACGAGAUGACGAAGAGGAGGGUGUAUGAGGGGAAGGAGAAGCCGGGUGCGCUCUGGCACAUCUAUGCCGCUAAAGACGCUGAGAAAAUUCGUGAGCUCCUGCGCAAGGUCGGAGAAGAGCAGGGUCAGGAAAACCCUCCAGAUCACGACCCCAUCCAUGACCAGAGCUGGUAUCUGGACCAGGUGCUGCGCCGCCGCCUGUAUGAAGAGUAUGGAGUUCAGGGUUGGUCCAUCAUUCAGUUCCUGGGAGACGCCGUGUUUAUUCCAGCUGGAGCACCUCAUCAGGUGCACAAUCUGUACAGCUGCAUCAAGGUAGCGGAGGACUUCGUCUCACCCGAGCACGUGAAGCACUGCUUCAGGCUGACACAGGAGUUCCGGCAUCUUUCCACAACACACACUAACCACGAGGACAAGCUACAGGUGAAGAACAUCAUUUACCACGCUGUGAAAGACGCUGUGGGAACGCUGAAAGCUCAUGAGGCAAAGCUGGCCCGGUCGUAGUUCUGCUUGUCCAUGGUGCAGAGAGACUGGGUGGUUGUCGGGCACUUAAAUUAAGAUUGAGUGCCAGUGUGCUCACAGAACACACUCCUGAGUUUCAGACAUGUCCGAUUCAGCGGUCUAGGAUGAAGGACGUGCUUCAUCAGUGUUACAAACACCGUUUAGUUUUUUUUUUUUGUUUGUUUUUUUUUUUUUUUUUUUAAAUGACUGUUAAUUUUUUUUCUGUAACAAAAAUGUGUCUGUCUGUUUCUCUAAAUGUGGACCGUUUGUCGGACUGUUUAUUAAGAAGCCGAAAGAUCUUUUUCAAAACGGAUCAGCUUCUCCUGCGUAAAUGUGAGCACUGGGUUUCUUUAUAGCCAACUUUAUGGUUUGUUUUCUUCAGCUCUGUAUGUAAAAGAAGUGAAAGGAUGUUUAAAAAAUCAAAAAAGAUUCCUUCCACACUCUGGUUGAGGUGGACAUGAGUUUUGAAUGGAACUAGACCAAAGUUUUGUAUUUUUAGUUUAUAAUUUCAGCUAAAAUGAAAUCAUGGUCUUAUUUACUUUUUUUUUUAUAGCCCUAUCGGCAAUUCGACUCACUGAUGAUGAACGCUAGGCUGGCAUUAAGAAAUGUUUGUUGAAAUAUUAAGAAUUCCAGUUCUGAAUUACUGGUCAUUAAUAUGUAUCAUUAUGUAUUGAUCUUAGCUGUGUGUAUGAUUUUUCAAAAUAAAGUUUACAAAAAAAAAAAAACAAGCUGUU